UCUUCCUCUCCUGCGCCUGCUCUCUCUCUCACUCUCUCUCCCUCACUCCCUCACUCCCCCAUCUCUCCGUCCAGAGUGUCUGUUCAUCCGUUUGUCCCACACAGAAUCUCUCCAUAUCCCUCUCUCUGUCGUUGAAACUUUCAGCACCUACACAGACCCUGCAGACCCUCUAUCGACACACUCGGCGUCCAGGAUGGAUGUUCUAAUGAAGGGAUUCUCCAUGGCCAAAGAAGGAGUGGUGGCGGCCGCUGAGAAGACUAAAGCUGGGGUUGAAGAGGCAGCGCUCAAGACCAAGGAAGGGGUCAUGUAUGUGGGCAACAAGACAAAGGAGGGAAUGGUUUCAGGUGUAAACACAGUUGUCCAGAAGACCACCGACCAGGCAAAUAUAGUUGGUGAAACGGCAGUAGGCGGUGCAAAUGUAGCGGGCCAGAAUACAGUAGAGGGACUGGAGAACGUGGCGGCAUCGACCGGCAUGGUGAACCCGGAUGAGGCUUUAUAUGAGGGUGACUUCUCUCAUGGUGGUAUGGAAGGAGGAGAGGGUGGAGAGGGAUAUUAAUCCAUAAACCUGAAGCUGAAACGGUCCCCCCUCUCCACCUCUGCGUUUCUGCUCCAAAGCCUCACCCGACCAGACUUCCAGAUCUUACUGAUAUUUUUCUGUGACUGUGUGGAAAACCAGAGUUGAAAAAGACUUUCCCUGAGCCCUGUAGCCUUUAGAUGUUUGACGCUUCCCUCCUCUACAUCUGUGGUGUCGUCAUGCUGUUCUCUAGUGUUACUGUCAAUCCUCUGCCUGUUCACAACACUCAAAACACACACACACACUCCAAUACACACCUCCUUUCACACGUCCUCCCCAAAAGAAUUAACAGGAACCGUGAAGCCCAGAGGCUGAUAUCAGAGAUGGAGGUGCUUUUUAGAAGCAUGGAUGGGGAAAAAAUUAAUAAAGAAUAAAAGAUACCCGCAUGACCAGUAAUGUAAGAAAAGCAAUACAUCUCAUUUCAUCAGGGCAUGUAGCAAUGUGUGUCUGGAUCUUUUGUGAGAUAUGUUUGUUUGUUUUUUUCGUCUUGAAAAUGCUGCAUUGGUGUACAUUUAAGUGUACAUUAACAGAUACAUGACAUUCCUUUAGUUCGGUGUGUGUGCAGAAUAGGAGUUGACCAAUAAUAGACUUCUCAUGUGAUUUAAUAGAGUAACAACUAAAAUGUGAACGCAUACCAUGGAUACUGUAUUACAAACUAUUAUUAUCCGUAUCGAUGUAGCUAUGCUAGAUUUGCGUUUCUUCAUUAAAGUUAGGAUUAACCCUUUAACUGUCUGUACCACUCUGAAAAUGACACGUCUUUCUUAAAUUGGUGUAAAUCUUAAACAAUUUUGGUGCGCAGAUCUAAGAUUGGUCUCAUUUUAAAGAAGACGCUUGUCAGAAUGUGGCAAAUGUAAAAAAAAAAAUCAUUAAAUAAAUAAAUGUUUUCCAAAUUAGGUUUCUACCAUUUUUUCAUGAUUUUAUAUGCAGAUUGCUGUAGUAAAGUAAUAGUAAAUUAUUUCACAAAUGAAGAAAAAAAAAAUAUUGCUCAUUAAUACAUAUCAAACAUCAAAUGUGAAAGCUACAAUUUCGAUUCUUUCAAUUUCGAUAUAACUUGUCACCAUGCGCUGGAUUAAUCCACAAGUGGAACUGUGUCAGUUAAAGGGUUAAAAAAAGAAGACAUUUUAUGUUAUGUUGCAAUGCAUGUGAAGUCGGUGUGCGAUCAUGAAUUUGUGAUGUAAAAGCAAUACUACUGCACCGUUGCGAAGUGUGUGAUUGGUGUGUUUUUUUUGUAGCACUGUGCUACUGUAUGCUGACUGUAGGCACUGUGUUUUAUCGAGGGAAUGCGUAAGAAGAGUAGAACUAUACUAUAAGAUGACCGUCUUCAUCAUUAUCAUCAUCAUCAUCUCGAACCCUUAUCCAGACCCAUGCACCCCAGGCUUGUGUCUGCUGUAGGGAACUAUAAGACGAAGCUAUCAAACAUCGCAGUUUGUAUUUUCUUUGACGCCACAAAAAAAUUGAAGACUGCAUGUUGCCUUAUCAGCAUUCCUGUAUUCACUUGCACACACGCACACGCAAAGCUAAGGAUGAAAAACCGUCAUCUCAAGCGUUCUUUCUUUGAGCCUGUCUCCGUCUAAAACACAUUCACACAUGCACAGACACAAAUGUCCCACAUAGUUUAUGUUGGCAUCAAAGCAGGCAAGCUGAUUUUAUAAACUGUAUAAGUGAAAUAAAGAGUUUUGUUGAAAUCUA